CUCCGCCUGGCCUCCUGAGGCCCCAGCUGGAGCAGAGCUGAGGAGCAGUAGCUGCUGGGCAGGCCCGAGUGCCCCACUGACUGAGGCCAGGACCCAAAGCAGGGCUUUCCUACCCCCACAGCAGCCAACCAGGGCUGGGCACUCCGCAGGGCAUCAGGUGAACAACAACGGAAUCAUCUCCUUCUUGAAGGAGGUUUCUCAGUUCACCCCAGUGGCCUUCCCCAUUGCCAAGGACCGCUGCGUGGUGGCAGCCUUCUGGGCAGAUGUGGACAACCGGCGUGCAGGCGAUGUGUACUACCGGGAGGCCACCGACCCAGCCACGCUGCGCCGAGCCACGGAGGAUGUCAGACACUACUUCCCCGAGCUCCUGGACUUCAAUGCCACCUGGGUUUUUGUUGCCACCUGGUACCGAGUGACCUUCUUUGGAGGCAGUUCCUCAUCCCCUGUCAACACAUUCCAGACUGUGCUCAUCACAGACGGCAAGCUCUCCUUCACCAUCUUCAACUAUGAGUCCAUCGUGUGGACCACAGGCACACACGCCAGCAGCGGGGGCAACGCCACUGGCCUGGGGGGCAUUGCAGCCCAGGCUGGCUUCAAUGCGGGUGAUGGGCAGCGUUACUUCAGUAUCCCCGGCUCACGCACGGCAGACAUGGCCGAAGUGGAGACCACCACCAACGUGGGUGUGCCCGGGCGCUGGGCGUUCAGAAUCGAUGAUGCCCAGGUGCGCGUGGGGGGCUGCGGCCAUACAACCUCCGUGUGCCUGACCCUGCGCCCCUGCCUCAACGGUGGCAAGUGCAUCGACGACUGUGUCACGGGCAACCCCUCCUACACCUGCUCCUGCCUCUCGGGCUUCACGGGGCGGAGGUGCCACCUGGACGUGAACGAAUGUGCCUCCCAGCCCUGUCAGAACGGCGGGACCUGCACUCACGGCAUCAACAGCUUCCGCUGCCAGUGCCCGGCCGGCUUUGGGGGACCCACCUGUGAGACAGCCCAGUCCCCCUGUGACACCAAAGAGUGUCAAAAUGGUGGCCAGUGCCAGGUGGAGAACGGCUCUGCGGUGUGUGUGUGCCAGGCUGGAUACACUGGAGCAGCUUGCGAGACGGAUGUCGACGACUGCAGCCCUGACCCCUGCCUGAACGGAGGCUCUUGUGUUGACCUAGUGGGGAAUUACACCUGCUUGUGUGCAGAGCCCUUCAAGGGACUUCACUGUGAGACAGGAGACCACCCAGUGCCCGACGCCUGCCUCUCGGCCCCUUGCCACAAUGGGGGCACCUGUGUGGAUGCAGACCAGGGCUACGUGUGCGAGUGCCCCGAAGGCUUCAUGGGCCUGGACUGCAGGCAGAGAGUCCCUGAUGACUGUGAGUGCCGUAACGGAGGCAGAUGCCUGGGCGCCAACACCACCCUCUGCCAGUGCCCCCCGGGAUUCUUUGGGCUUCUCUGUGAAUUUGAAAUCACAGCCAUGCCCUGCAACAUGAACACACAGUGCCCAGACGGUGGCUACUGCAUGGAGCACGGUGGGAGCUACCUCUGCGUCUGCCACACCGACCACAAUGCCAGCCACUCCCUGCCAUCACCCUGCGACUCGGACCCCUGCUUCAACGGAGGCUCCUGCGAUGCCCAUGAUGACUCCUACAUCUGCGAGUGCCCGCGCGGUUUCCACGGCAAGCACUGCGAGAAAGCUCGGCCACACCUAUGCAGCUCCGGGCCCUGCCGGAACGGGGGCACGUGCAAGGAGGCAGGCGGCGAGUACCACUGCAGCUGCCCCUACCGCUUCACCGGGAGGCACUGUGAGAUCGGGAAGCCAGACUCAUGCGCCUCUGGCCCCUGUCACAACGGCGGCACCUGCUUCCACUACAUUGGCAAAUACAAAUGUGACUGCCCCCCAGGCUUCUCCGGGCGGCACUGCGAGAUAGCCCCCUCCCCCUGCUUCCGGAGCCCGUGUGUGAAUGGGGGCACCUGCGAGGACCGAGGCACGGAUUUCUUCUGCCACUGCCAAGCAGGGUACACAGGACGCCGGUGCCAGGCAGAGGUGGACUGUGGCCCCCCAGAGGAGGUGAAGCACGCCACACUGCGCUUCAACGGCACGCGGCUGGGCGCGGUGGCCCUGUAUGCAUGUGACCGCGGCUACAGCCUGAGCACCCCUAGCCGCAUCCGGGUCUGUCAGCCACAUGGUGUCUGGAGUGAGCCUCCGCAGUGCCUUGAAAUUGAUGAGUGCCGGUCUCAGCCGUGCCUGCAUGGGGGCUCUUGCCAGGACCACGUCGCUGGGUACCUGUGCCUCUGCAGCACAGGCUACGAGGGCACCCACUGCGAGCUGGAGAGGGAUGAGUGCCGAGCUCACCUCUGCAGAAAUGGAGGCUCCUGCAGGAAUCUCCCGGGGGCCUAUGUCUGCCAGUGCCCUGCAGGCUUCGUUGGAGUCCACUGUGAGACAGAGGUGGACGCCUGCGACUCCAGCCCCUGCCAGCACGGAGGCCGGUGUGAGAGUGGCGGCGGGGCCUACCUGUGCGUCUGCCCAGAGGGCUUCUUCGGCUACCACUGCGAGACAGCGAGUGACCCCUGCUUCUCCAGCCCCUGUGGGGGCCGUGGCUACUGCCUGGCCAGCAACGGCUCCCACAGCUGCACCUGCAAAGUGGGCUACACGGGCAAGGACUGUGCCAAAGAGCUCUUCCCACCGACGGCCCUCAAGAUGGAGAGAGUGGAGGAGAGUGGGGUCUCCAUCUCCUGGAACCCGCCCGACGGCCCAGCCGCGAGGCAGAUGCUUGAUGGCUACGCGGUCACCUACGUCUCCUCCGAUGGCUCCUACCGCCGCACGGACUUUGUGGACAGGACCCGCUCCUCGCACCAGCUCCGGGCCCUGGCGGCCGGCAGGGCCUACAACAUCUCCGUCUUCUCAGUCAAGCGCAACACUAACAACAAGAAUGACAUCAGCAGGCCUGCCGUGCUGCUGGCCCGCACGCGACCCCGGCCUGUGGAAGGCUUCGAGGUCACCAAUGUGACGGCCAGCACCAUCUCGGUGCAGUGGGCCCUGCACAGGAUCCACCAUGCCACCGUCAGUGGGGUCCGCGUGUCCAUCCGCCACCCUGAGGCCCUCAGAGACCAGGCCACUGAUGUGGAAAGGAGUGUGGACAGGUUCACCUUUGGGGCUCUGCUGCCUGGGAGGAGGUACACCAUCCAGCUGACCACCCUCAGUGGGCUCAGGGGAGAGGAGCACCCCACGGAGAGCCUGGCCACCGCGCCAACACACGUGUGGACCCGGCCCCUGCCUCCAGCAAACCUGACGGCCGCCCGAGUCACGGCCACCUCUGCCCACGUGGUCUGGGAUGCCCCGACUCCAGGCAGCUUGCUGGAGGCUUAUGUCAUCAAUGUGACCACCAGCCAGAGCACCAAGAGCCGCUACGUCCCCAAUGGGAAGCUGGCGUCCUACACAGUGCGCGACCUGCUGCCGGGACGGCGGUACCAGCUCUCCGUGACAGCCGUGCAGGGCACGGAGCUCGGGCCACUGCACAGCGAGCCCGCCCACCUCUACAUCAUCACCUCCCCCAGGGAUGGCGCUGACAGACGCUGGCACCAGGGAGGACACCACCCUCGGGUGCUCAGGAACAGACCGCCCCCAGCGCGCCUGCCAGAGCUGCGCCUGCUGAAUGACCACAGCGCCCCCGAGACCCCCACCCAGCCCCCCAGGUUCUCGGAGCUUGUGGACGGCAGAGGAAGAGUGAGCGCCAGGUUCGGCAGCUCACCCAGCAAAGCAGCCACCGUGAGAUCACAACCCACAGCCUCAGCGCAGCUCGAGCACACCGAGGAAGCCCCCAAGCAGGUCAGCCUGGCCCUCCAGCUCCCUGAACACGGCAACAAGGACCUCGGGAACGUCCCUGGGAACUGUUCAGAAAACUUCUGUCAGAACGGAGGCACCUGUGUGCCGGGCGCGGACGCCCACAGCUGUGACUGCGGGCCAGGGUUCAAAGGCAGACGCUGCGAGCUCGCCUGUAUAAAGGUGUCCCGCCCCUGCACAAGGCUGUUCUCCGAGACAAAGUCCUUUCCAGUCUGGGAGGGAGGCGUCUGUCACCACGUAGCCCCCUGGAAAAACAAACAGCUCAUGGGAAUGCCGGCCUCAGUUCUGCCAUUAACUCAUGAUGUGGCCUCAGGCCCCCCAUCUCCGAGACAGGCUGUGGAGGGAGAGCUGCCCAGCCCAUCUCUUAGAACCUUUCUUGCUAACACUCUGAGUCUGUGGGUUACGCAAUCAAUUUAAUCAACAGAUAACUUACUGAACACCUGCUGUGAGCUGGGCACGGUUCUAGAUACUCAGCACACAUCAGGAACAGAGCAGACCAAAGCCCUGCCUUCAGGACCCGUUCACUGCAGAUGAGGGGACAGACAAUGCAGUGAGUGUGUGGUGUGGCAGGUGGUGAGUGCAAAGGGAAACAGGACGAGAUGACAGGAUGAGACUAGGAGAGCCUGCUGGGGAUGGGCAGGGGCUGGUGCAGAAAGAGGGUGCUCACCCUCUUGGAGAUGAGAGGGUAAGCCUCCUGAAGAGGGUGAUGCUGAACAGACAUGGAGGAGGGACAUCUGAGGGAAGGACGUUCCAGACAGCCAGAGGACCAGUUACCAAGGCCACGAGUCAGGAGUGUCCCUGGCAUGUUGGGGGAGAAGUGGAGAGUGGUGAGAGGUGAGGGACAGGGAACCUCCAGGGCCAUGGAGACCCACAGAAGGACUCUGGUGUUUGUCCGUCAUGAAAUGGGGAGCUACCAAAGGGUUCUGAGCAGAGGAGUGACAUGUUCGAUUACACUACUUUGGAUGUUCUGCGGAGACUGGGAUGUAAACAGGCAAGGGUAGAAGCUUCGUUGGAGCUUGGACGUGAAGCCAGGUGUAAUAUGUAGCAGGAACACAUAUGAGAUGCUAAUCUGUGUUGAGAUUUGGGAAGCUGUAUUGACAGUCCACUGAAUUUGGAUUCUGUGCAGUGGCCGUCCGAACCCACAGUAUCUACCAUCUUCCCACUGUGCUUAGUUACACCAGUGCCUGCUGGUGACCACCAAGUAUCCAACAAGAAGACCCUUCCCGUCCUGAAAGCAUUCUAUCCUUUCCCUUUCAACCUAUCUGCAUAUUUCAAGUGACUUCCUUGUAUUUAACAUAGAGGUGGGUCUUGCUUGAUAUCUAGUCUGACAGUCUGGUUUGUAUUGGAGUAUUUAGACAAUUUACAUCACCUUCCACAUCAUGACCAGCGUGGUUGGAUUUAAACUUCCAUAUUGCUGUUUGUUUUCUGUUUUUCCCAUCUGCUUUCUGUUACUUUUCCCCUUUUUCCUGCCUGAUUUUGGAUGACUUUUUACUAUAUUUUGUCCAGUUCUCUGGUGGUUCACACUGGGAGGUUAAUUCCAGAUUCUGUUACUCUUUCAUGUCCAGAAAUGGAAGUCUUACCACAGGUUUUAGAUCCUAAAGGUUCUACGAGACCUAGCAUAUGAGUUGGAGCUUUGCCUGCUGAACUCCUUGGAUCUGCCUUUUAAACAGCUCUGACAUUUGAGAACUUUAACAAAAGACAAAACACCUUCCCAUCCAUUAUUAUCUACAAACUUGUAAGAGAGAUGGUAUGAGUAGGUCCCAUUUUACCUGCAACUGAGACUUAAAACUUCAAGAGACUUGCUUGAAGUAGCCUGAUGAAUAAAUGGAAGAGGCAGGAGAUGAAAUCAGGCCUCCUGUUCUAUAAUGCCUACAUCGGAAUCCUGAAUCCCCAAUCCCCAACACUUCUCAAACUUCUCUGUGAAAUACCCAGAAAAACAGAGAAGUGAGGUCAUACCUUCCCCAGGCCUCAGGCGAAGUGGCCUGCCUCUAGCACUGACAUGUCUUUGAAAUUUCACAGUUUAUUUUUAGUACCAUAUACUUUGUCAGCGCUCAUCAACAUGCACAUUAAAAUGGGUUUAUUUUAUGUAUAUUAUUGUACCUCAAUAAAUUUGUUACAAAUCACAUGACAUUUAUGUUAAACAUCUUAAUACAUCAAUAGGAGGUAAUGUUUCAUUCAGAAAAUAGCAGCUUUUCCCUGACACCUUCAGGGUUACCUGUGGGUUCACAUAGCCUAGGUUAAGCAGUUGGCAACAUUUUGCUUCACUGUCUGGUUUUACAAAGCUAUCUUGUGACAACAGGUAUAAAAGAGUCUACAGAGUUCACCAAGACAUCUGCUUCAAAGAGAGCUGUGAAAGCACAAGCCUCAAGAAGACCCCAAACAGG